AUGGGCUCUGCAGCCGGACAACACAAUUACCUCCCUGUAACAAAUCCACAACCCGCGUUCUGGGGCAGCAACGCGGACGAAUUUCAUCAUCAUCGCACAACGCCUGAACUGCCAGAGUAUUCCGAUAUCGUAGUUAUUGGCGCUGGUUACGCUGGAGCCGCGACGGCAUGGCAUCUUGCGAAGGAUCGGGAUCCGUCAAAGCCAAGACAGUCUGUGACUGUGCUUGAGGCGCGAGGGAUAUGUUCCGGUGCCACAGGCAGGAAUGGUGGGCACUUGCGGCCUGAUUUGUAUGGACAUACUCCCACAUACCUUGAGCGCCAUGGCCCUGAUGCUGCCAUUGAACUGGCUGAGUUCGAAAUUGCUCACAUUUGGGCCAUCAAGGAGUUCGUCGAACAAGAGAAUAUCGACUGCGACUUUGUGCUGGCAAGGACUGUUGAUACCUGGGCAAACCAGGAAGCAGCAGAUGAAGCGACGAAGGUUUAUGAAACAAUGAAAGGCCAUAGUGUCGCUUACAUGCGGGACGUGUUCUUCAGAUAUGGUCCGGAAGCCGAAGGACUGUCUGGCGUCAAGGGUGCGAAAGCAACAGCUUCAUACACCUCGGGCAUGAUGUGGCCGUACAAGUUCAUCCGGCAUAUCUUGAAAUCGCUCGUCGCGUCUGGCGACUUGAAUCUGCAGACUCACUGUCCAGUCACGAAAGUCGUCCAGAAUGCUGACGGAACGUUUACGAUCACGACUGCUAGAGGAACGAUCCGCGCUAGGAAGGCAGUGCAUGCGAGUAAUGCGUAUGUUGGAGGUCUCCUGCCGGAAUACUCCAAGAGUAUUGUUCCUUGCAAGGGCAUAUGCUGUCGGAUCACAGUACCCGAGGGCAAAGUGGCUCCUUUAUUGUCCAACUCUUACAUCGAGAGGGAUGCAAACAGAACACUGUCGUACCUUGUUCCCCGUACCGAUGGAAGUAUCAUCGUCGGUGGCGCAAGCUCGCUAUUUAAACCUCACACCGAACAAUGGUACAACAAUGUCGAUGACAGCGUCCUGAUCGACUCAGCAAAGGACUAUUAUGACGGCUACAUGCAAAGGACAUUCCGAGGCUGGGAAGACUCCGAAGCCAGGGUCGACCAGAUCUGGACCGGUGUUAUGGGUUACUCGUACGACUCCCAUGCACAUAUCGGAGAAGUCCCUGACAGGCCUAGGCAACUUGUCAUUGCAGGUUUCAAUGGUCAUGGCAUGCCAGUGAUCUGGCUGAGCGCGAAAGGAGUGGCCAAGAUGUUGAACGAUGAUGUCCCAUUUGAAGAGACGAAGGUGCCCAGAGUGUUCAAGACGACGAAAGCCAGGCUUGAGGUGGCACAGAAUGGGAAGGAGGAGUAUGGUGAUAUUCUGGGUGAUGGGUCUCUGUCGCAGAAGGUGAGCAAUGCACGCCCGUAG